CAGUAUUCUAAUACACAUUCUGUAUUUUAUUAUAUAAUUACAGCUGUUUUAGUAAGAAACGGCAUUUAAUAGGUACAAUUUAUCUGUCAGGCGUCUUCAUUACUAGUCUGUUAGGUGCGGGUUAUUGUGUUUGAAGACGGUUUCUACACUUACGCACUGGUUAUUUUUCUAAGGUUGCCUCACAUGACUUUACACUUCCCUGUACGCAUGGCUGCAGGACUUGCGCUGUUGGUAACAUCCGGGUAUCGGACAAGGAUGAACGCCAAUUUCCAAGAUGGCGGCGGAGGGAGGAGGGAAGGAGAUGAACGAAAUUAAAACUCAAUUCACCACACGAGAAGGUGUCUACAAACUCCUCACUCACUCCGAAUACAGCCGCCCGAACAGGGUGCCGUUCAACUCGCAGGGCUCCAAUCCCGUCAAGGUCUCCUUCGUCAAUGUAAACGACCAGUCCGGCAACGGCGACAGGAUCUGUUUCAAUGUGGGCCGGGAACUGUACUUUUAUAUCUACAAAGGCGUGAGAAAGGCUGCCGAUCUUAGUAAGCCCAUAGACAAGAGGAUAUACAAAGGAACGCAGCCCACGUGUCAUGACUUCAACCCCCUCACAGCUACAGCAGAGAGUGUCUCCCUGCUGGUGGGCUUCUCAGCAGGCCAGGUGCAGCUCAUAGACCCAAUAAAGAAGGAAACCAGCAAACUCUUCAAUGAAGAGAGACUUAUAGACAAGUCACGAGUAACGUGUGUACGAUGGGUUCCUGGUUCAGAGAGCCUGUUUUUGGUGGCUCACUCCAGUGGCAGCAUGUAUUUAUACAACGUGGAAAACACCUGUGGCACCACGGCACCCCACUACCAGCUCCUUAAGCAGGGUGAAAACUAUGCUGUGCAUACCUGCAAGAGCAAGUCAGCUCGCAACCCGUUACUGCGAUGGACAGUGGGUGAAGGGGCGCUCAAUGAGUUUGCCUUCUCCCCAGAUGGCAAGUUUCUGGCUUGUGCGAGCCAGGAUGGCUUCCUGCGGGUGUUUGGCUUCGACGCUGCAGAGCUCCAUGGAACAAUGAAGAGCUACUUUGGUGGCUUACUGUGUGUGUGCUGGAGCCCAGAUGGACGAUAUAUUGUGGCAGGAGGGGAGGACGACCUGGUGACGGUGUGGUCAUUUUCAGACUGCAGAGUGAUUGCACGGGGGCAUGGUCACAAGUCGUGGGUGAGUGUGGUGGCAUUUGACCACUGUACCACCAGUGUGGAGGAUGGUGACCCCCCUGCUGAGUUCAGUGGUAGUGAUGAGGAAUUCCAUGAGCAGACUCACUUUGGUGCAGGCAGAGACAGAGCCAACAGCGCUCAUUCUCGGCUUUCUAAGAGAAACUCUACAGACAGUAGGCCUGUUAGUGUGACCUACAGAUUUGGCUCAGUGGGCCAGGAUACCCAGAUGUGUCUGUGGGACCUAACGGAGGACAUUCUCUUCCCUCACCUCCCUUUGUCCCGCACUAGGACUCACACAAAUGUUAUGAGUGCCACAAGCCCUCCAGCCACUGGACAAACUACUACUACUACUGCUACUACUACUACUACUACUGUAUCCACCACUGUAUCCACCACUGUAUCCACAACUAAUCCCAGUGGCACCAAUGGUACAGACAAUGCGAGCAAUAGUAGCACCAGUGGCAACCCAGCUAAUUCCCUCCCCAGCACCCUGCCUCGGUCCAACAGCUUGCCACACUCCUCCAACCCGACAGGGGGCAGCACCCCCAACAGCCACACAGGCAGCAACAGCAGCAGCACCAAGGGCAACAGCAUCAUUGACAGUGCUUUCAUUGCCACUGGCGUCAGCAAGUUUGCUACUCUGUCGUUACAUGACUCACGCAAGGAGCGCCACGAGAAGGACCACAAGCGAAACCACAGCAUGGGUCACAUCAGCAGCAAGAGCAGUGACAAGCUGAACCAGCUCAGCUCAUCACGGACGGCAAAAGCUGAAGCAGCUAAGACUCUGGGCACUAUGCUGUGCCCGCGCAUGGAGGACGUGCCGCUGCUCGAGCCGCUGGUGUGCAAGAAGAUCGCUCACGAGAGACUCACUGUGUUAAUCUUCCUUGAGGACUGUCUGGUAACAGCCUGUCAGGAGGGUUUCGUUUGCACAUGGGCUAGGCCUGGGAAAGUGGGAUUGCUAUCAUCUCAAAACAACCCAGCCAACUCCCCCAGUGGAACAGUAGUAUAGCCCCAGUGCUGGUGCUGCUAAUGACAGCUCCAUGCAACAGAGACGGGGAUGACCAAGGCCAAGUCCCUGCAGCGCUUCUUCACACACUGUCACACACCACAUGACCUCCAGUGUUACCUUCAUUCUCAUCACUACAACCACCCAAAUGCUCUCUUUGUGUUACUGCUCAUGUUUUGAUAACCGAUGUUGGCCAAGCCAGGGUUAGAAACUUGACCCCCUUUUUGUCUGGGUGUUCAAAAGGGCGCUAUUGGUAGUAAGAGGGCAAGCUUUAAAUUGUCCAGGAGGUUUAUGGGAGGGGUUGACUGGCUCAUUGUUCCAUCUAUGGUCAUAUCAAGUUGCAUCUAGUCUGAAAAUAACAAACUCUAGUAUCCAAUCCUUUGUGCCUGUAGAUCUUCAAAGACUAGACAUGCUGUAAGCAUUGUGGUGAUGCCUCAACCUAACCUCUUGUAUGGGUUUAAUUUAGACAUUUUUCCAAUAUUUUCCUAUAUUUUGUUUCUUCAAAUGUAGUUACAGAUAAAGGGAAUAAGAUGAGGGAUUGUUUUGGAGCAGCAGCAUAUCCCCAAUGCCAAGUCUCUUUCAUUUGUCACUUCCUGGGCAAUCCCUUGUGCAGCCCCUGUCUUCGACACCUAUUCAAGAGAGACUGGAGCUUUUUUACUUCCUUUAGAAAUAUUUUAAUCAGAGGUAUAACACUUUAAAGUGUAUUUGCACAGAUUUUCUUUCAUUGUUUCUUUUGCCCCCCUCCCCACCCCCAUUUUGAAUUCAUGACGGUGGAACACAAGCGAAAUAUUUUGAAGACAGCUUUGGAAGCACUUGGGGAAACAGCUUGUUAUUGCCCUCUGUCUCAACGCUGGAUGCUGCAAUCGUAGUUUUUUAUAUGGAAAAAAAUUGUUUGCACUUAAUAGUUUGUUAGAGGAGAAUGGCUUUACAUUUUUGGAGUGUGUAAGGACUCCUUGACAAGGUUGAAAUAUAAAUAGAAUUUAAAAAAAACUUUGUAUCUAUUGAACAUUUAUUUUAAUAUUGUUUCAGAUUAAAUGGGCUCUGUAUUAUAUGUAAAUAUUGUACUUCAAUGAUUUAUGGGUGAAAUGAUCAUUAUUACAUUAGUUCAAAGAUCCUCAUUUCAGAAAAUAGUGAUAUUUCUAAUACAGAAAAUCUAUACAUAAUAUUAAAAUGAAUCUUGAAUAUGCAGGUGAAAAUGUUUCUUUUCUGUUGUACAUAAAGAGAAUUCAGGUGUAUUUUUAUUAAUGAAACGUUUGGUAUAGGAGAUGUCUAUGAAAUCCUCUUAUCUAACAGGUAGUGCUGAACGCUAGCUAGCCUGUCGCUGCAGAUUGAUUUUACAACAUAGGCAGGCGCAGACGCAGCGGCCUAAUUCAGCCAUCACUCCGAGCUCAGGUAAACCACAGGAGGACUAACACUGGCAUAGAUCCCCUCACUAGUCCCACCCAUCAACAUGUGUGUGAAUUCACAUUAACUAACAAGCAAGACUGACAACCAUGUUCUGCAGACAGGGCUGGAAUCUAUGAGUCCUUUUAUUAUGAGUAAUAAUUACAAAACUGCUGCUGAACUUGUGAACAAACAUUUGACACUGUGUUGAAUACCAACUGACUACUGUCAGCACUUGAUCGUGUGAGUGCUUGAGGUGAGCGUGUUUUUUUCAAGCACCCACGUAGGAAGACUGAGGAUUUUAACAGUGGGAGCCAUUUCCUCCAUGUGACGCCUAUUAAAACAGCUUUGACAGAG